AUGCCAACGAAACCCUACGAAGCUUCUAUUCACAGCUGGCUUCGGCUCCUGGAAGCCGUUUGGGCUUUUAAUUUUCCAGAUGUACAAUUCUCCCUCGUUUUUGGGAGCACGUUCUCGGCAACCUAUGAUGGUGCGUUAAAAGGAAAAGCUGCAGACAACAACCUCGUCCCAUAUCUGAGGCAAGGUGGAUCGCAGUUUCCAAGCACCGCCCUCGAAAUUGGGUGGUCGGAGUCGCAUACAAAACUUGAAAAAGAUGUCGACGUUUGGUUGACAAUGUCACCUCUAUUGCUUUCUGUGUUUUCCCUCAAGCUUUACAAAGAUUCCCACCCGUUUCGUGCAGUUUUGGAACUGUGGCUCCGUUCAAAGAGCACAGGGGAGCCAGUCACGCGAUGGCAACUGGAGUUAAACGCUGGGUUGAUGAAUGAUGACCUUUACUGGGAAGGUCUUGCCAAUCAAUUUAGGCUCUACACCCACGACAUCCUUAUGGAUGCCUCAGAUGCGCUAGGUGCCACCACCUUGUAUGCCGGGCAUCCCUCCACCCUCAUGACGGAUCUACGGAUCCAAGAUGAAAUCUCGGCAAUACCUGGCAUCACCGAGCAACGACUUCAAGCUCCCCCAGCUGCCUUGAAACGAUUCUUUUUCGACAUUGUUCAAUAUGUCAAUUCCCAACGGUUAGGGGUCAAUGUCAGCCUCAACAAGCGUUACAUUCCAUCGGCCACACCACGAGAAGGCGAUGUUUACUAACAAGGUGAGCCAGUGGUGCUAUUAGUUCUGAAUCCAACUUCAGAUUCCCACGUCACCCCAAAAAAACCCUAUCUGUUGAAAGCGAAAUAUUGUUCUUGUAAUGCAAGCAUAGAGUACGAGCCACCUGCACCUGAUGAUAGUGCGCUAUGCAGGUCGUUUCCAUUGACUCCACGUAUAAACUCCAAACCUCGCUGUAGCAUAUAGCAAAGUGUAGCUAGAUUCAUUCAGUGGCAAUUGCACCA